GCGUUAACCGUUUCUUUGCCUCUCUCCUCUCCUGCUGUUUGUCUGUGCAAAGGUCAGAUGUUUCCAUCGGUCGUGAAGAAGAGCGGAGUCGGGAGCUGCUAAGUGCUGAUCUGCUUGUGCUCCGGACCAUGGACUCAUUGAGGGCGUCCCAGGUGUGAAAAUGUCCAGCAGUAACCGGGAGUUAGUGAUUGACUUUGUUUCCUACAAGCUCUCGCAGAAGGGAUACAGCUGGAGUCAGCUGGAGGAGGAGGAUGAGAACAGGACUGACUUCGCAGCAGAGGAGGCCGAGAUGGACGGCGUCCUCAACGGGAGCCCCUCCUGGCAUCCACCCACCAGCCACGUAGUGAACGGAGCCACUGUGCACCGGAGCAGCCUGGAAGUCCGUGAAAUUGUUCAAGCAGCCGAUGUGAAGCAGGCGCUGAAAGAGGCUGGGGAUGAGUUUGAGUUGAGGUACCGGCGGGCUUUCAGCGACCUCACUUCCCAGCUCCACAUCACUCCCGGCACGGCGUAUCAGAGCUUUGAGCAGGUAGUGAACGAACUCUUCCGUGAUGGAGUGAACUGGGGUCGCAUCGUGGCUUUCUUUUCCUUCGGAGGAGCCUUGUGUGUGGAGAGCGUUGACAAGGAGAUGCGGGUAUUGGUGGGACGCAUUGUAUCUUGGAUGACCACGUACUUGACCGACCACCUAGAUCCCUGGAUCCAGGAGAAUGGCGGAUGGGUAAGAACUCCUUUCCAUGGUGGGGAUGGCUGCCCGCAUCCUCCCUCGCUCCAGGCCGGCAGCAGUGCCGGUCAAACCGGAGCACGGCUCCCUGUUUAUGGCUAGCGCAUGUCUUAGACCUUGCAGGGAGAUAAAGGGGUGUGCGGCCGU